AUGGGGGGACCUUUCAAGGGCCAUUACAUCCUGGUAGUGCUGGACGCCUUUUCGAAGUGGGUGGAGGUUCUACCUGUCACCACUCCAUCAGCAGGCGCGACCGUUGCAGCGCUACGACAGGUCUUCGCGGCCCAGGGGUUGCCGGAUGUCAUCGUGUCCGACAAUGGUCCCACUUUUGCCAGUGCAGAGUAUCUGGCCUGCCUGAUGAAGAACAGAAUCCGCCGGAUGAUAGUCCUGCCGUACCACCCUGCUUCGAAUGGUGCAGCCGAGCGGGUGGUGCAAACCAUUAAAGACAAGCUCAGGAAGAGCCAGACUGGGGAUUUCCGGACGCAGAUUGCCCGGAUACUAUUUCAGUACCGGACCACGCCCCACGAUGCCACUGGCCAUGCCCCCUGUGAGCUCCUGCUGGGUCGGAUGGUCAAGACACCCUUAGACGCCUUGCAUCCGGACCUCCGAAACACAGUGUUCCUUAAGCAACUGAAUCAGAAGCUGGCUGCUGACCAAGGGUGCCGUCCCGGGCCUUUGCCAGAAUCGGGACCUCCAGUUUACGUCAGGAACUUUCGUCCUGGCCCGCUCUGGUCCUCCGGACAGGUGGCGUCUCCUGCCAGCGCCUCAUCGCUGCUCGUCCGCAUGCCAGAUGGGGCCACGUGGCACAGACACGCGACCAUAUUAGGCAUCGCCUUGGGACCUGGCCAGCACCUUCGACUGCCACUUCCGAGUUCCAACCGGCAGGAGGACUAG